AUGACAGAGCCACUUCAAAGCAGUUAUAUAAAGAAAGUUAUUGUACAUCCAUUGGUAUUAUUGAGUAUUUCAGAUCAUCAAACAAGAGCUAGUAAAGAAGGAAAACGUGUUGUUGGAGUAUUAUUAGGAUUUAUAAGAAAAGGCAUUGUUGAUGUAAUGAAUUCGUUUGCUGUACCAUUUGAUGAAGAUGAAAAAGAUAAUAUUUGGUAUUUAGAUCAUCAAUACUUGGAAACAGUGUAUCGUAUGACACAAAGAGUAACAGCAAAAGAAGUAUUAGUUGGAUGGUAUUCUACUUCUUCAUCAAUAAAACCAUGUGAUAUUCAGAUACACUCUGUGAUCAAUAAAUACACUGCCCAUCCUGUUUAUCUUACAGUAGAUGUAUCGGCUACUGUAUCUCAUGAUCUUCCAGUUCAUUCAUAUGUUUCUGCAGAAUCAAUUGACUCAUCAGAAAAUAUUCUUCUUCAACCAGAACUUUCGUUAAGAUUUAUUCAUGUUCCAACAGACGUUGGAUCUGAUGAAUCAGAAGUUGGUGUAGAACGUUUAUUAAGAGACCUUCAAAAACCUACUGGAACUGUUUUAAAGCAUGAAGUUGAAUUAAAAAUGGAUUCAUUGAGAGCAUUAGAUGAUAAAAUUAAAUUAAUGAGAAAUUACUUAGAAUUAGUUGAGUCAGGAAAAAUUCCAGUCAACCAAAAGAUUAUUCAAAACAUUCAAGACAUUUUCAAUUUAUCACCAAAUAUUGAAAAAUAUACACAACAAUUUGCAGUCAACACAAAUGAUGUAAUGGUAACUAUUUAUCUCUCACAAUUAGUUAAAUCAGUUCUUGCUGUUCAUGACUUAAUCAGAAAUAAGAAUGAUUAUGAAAUUAAAUUAAAACAACUUCAUGAUAAUAAUAAUAAAGAACCAAUUAAAGAUGAUUCCCAACAACAACCAGUUGUUCAAAAAUAA